GUACAAGUACCCUAGCACCACCCGCUAGUCCGAGAAAUUGCCAGAUGUCACUCAUGAGCCAAGGAAUCGAUCAUAGAAUUACCAAACUAGGUUUUCAUGUUUCUAUACAGCUGCGAGUGCACGAAUAAGGAGAGUAUAAUUAGUAACUGUGGUCGAGAUCAACCCCAUUCAGAUUGCACCAAAGUCGCGGUCCCCAAUAUCAAGAUAUCAUUGGGCUCCCUUUUCCAAGGAUUCGGUAGAAAGGUAUCUCUCUAUCGUCAUCCAUCAAUCACCUCGACGAAGUACCGCGAUUGUCCCACAAGUUUCAGUUGAGAUUAUGGACGAUUCGCGCAACCCUCGUUCCUCCAACCUGAUCUACCGGUACGAGUCAGGUUCUGUCACCAACACAGGAAGAAACCACGGAACCUAAUUAUUGGGCGAACAAUCUCUACCAAAUUAAUCGACUGAGGCCCAUGUUUCUCUUCGUUUAUCGUUUAGAAACUCCAGUGUGAAGCGACGACCCCUCGGGUCUGAGGCGGGAGGCAAGGCAUCGGCGCGAAAGUUUAUCCUUGGGUUAGGCUACCGGUAGAUAAAAGUAGGUCUAGCAAUUUCGGGGUGAAGGCCGGGCCGCCCACUACCUGUAUAAGUAUAUGAGUACCGUACUCAAGUGCAUUCGCAAGA